GCUCCGCUCGGGGCUCUGCAGGCUGUGCCCCGCCUGUGCCCCCUGCGGAAGCUGUGGAGCUCGCAUCUGGCCGAGGGUCCGCUCUGCGCGCGGGGUGGUAACAGCCCUCCUGAACCGUCGGCCUUACUGGGGGGAACAGCACCGGGCACUGACCCGAUGGUAACUGCCAUUGAUUGUAGUCUCCCACGUUUUAAGACCUGCCGGAUGACUGUUUUCUAAAUUAGAAGUCAAUACGCUUGAAGGGUUGACGAGCCGGGGUUAGACUACUAGGAAGAGUGAACACCUGACGCUCAGAGAGGAUACUAACGUGCAUCGGGGCUGUGCACGUGGGUACAGGAGCGUCACCCGGUGAGGCUGCUACACGACACGCCUGAAACUGUUCGGUUGGAAAGAAGUCAGUAUAUGUUUAUCUGGGAGGAAAGGACCUGAGGUCUUAGAAUAUGUUAGGAGUUAGAACUUUGGAAACGGAAUUGAGUUAGCUGUGCAGAGAUGUACUUGGAGAGCAAACUGAGGACGGAUCUCCUGGAAUUUCUGAUGAAUAAUACUGCAGCCAGCCCAAUGUCUACUGCUACUUCAAGUAGUGGAAGAAGUACAGGGAAGUCCAUAAGCUUUGCAGCAGAGUUACAGAGUAUGAUGUUUUCCUUAGGUGAUGCUAGGAGGCCUCUUCAUGAAACAGCAGUUUUGGUAGAAGAUGUGGUACACACACAGUUAAUUAAUCUGUUACAGCAAGCUGCUGAAGUUUCUCAGCUUCGGGGAGCAAGAGUAAUCUCUGCUGAAGAUCUUCUGUUUUUGAUGCGCAAAGAUAAGAAAAAACUUAGAAGACUACUAAAGUACAUGUUUUUCCGAGACUACAAAUCCAAGAUCGUCAAGGGCAUAGAUGAAGAUGACCUUCUGGAAGACAAAUUGAGUGGCAGCAGUAAUGCAAACAAAAGACAGAAAAUCGCCCAAGAUUUUCUCAACUCUAUUGACCAAACAGGAGAACUCCUGGCAAUGUUUGAAGAUGAUGAGAUUGAUGAAGUUAAACAAGAAAGAAUGGAGAGAGCAGAAAGACAGACUCGAAUUAUGGAUUCAGCUCAAUAUGCAGAAUUCUGUGAAAGUCGACAAUUAAGUUUCUCCAAAAAAGCCUCCAAAUUUCGAGACUGGUUGGACUGCAGCAGUAUGGAGAUAAAACCCAAUGUUGUCGCAAUGGAAAUUUUAGCAUAUCUAGCAUAUGAAACUGUGGCACAGUUAGUGGACCUUGCUCUUCUUGUGAGACAGGACAUGGUAACCAAGGCAGGAGACCCCUUUAGCCAUGCCAUUUCUGCAACCUUCAUUCAGUAUCACAACUCUGCUGAGGGGUCUUGCAUGAAGUCCUACCCAGAAUCUCCUGAGAACACACCUCCUCCUACACCAACAGCUCCAUCAGCUGGAUCACAGCACUCAGGGAAAACUGCAUCAGGAUCCCUGGGGAAUGGGAGUGCUGGACAAGACUCAGCUAAAACCAAACAAAGGAAAAGAAAAAAGAGCACUGCGGCCUGUGGUGUUGAGGCUCACAGCGAUGCCAUCCAGCCCUGCCACAUCAGAGAGGCCGUCCGACGCUACGGCCACAAGAUUGGCCCCCUUUCCCCAUUCACAAGUGCCUACCGCAGGAAUGGGAUGGCUUUUCUGGCCUGCUGAUGGGACUGUGACUGUAACAACAGGAAAGGCAAUGUUAUAUUAAGGUGAUUUCUGUUCCCCUCUUUGGACAAAAUAAAAUACAAGUUUACCUUCUCUGCA